AUUGGGUAACGCCAGGCGGAGGCGUGUGCAGCGUUACAGCACCCCGCUGGUCGUACAGUUUUUGCUACUUCCACCGCCCCGGCUCGAGCUUUGCCUUUGUAGAAGCUUGAGCUUUCCGUGACGAAGAUGAUGUCCAUGUACGUGUGCUGUACAGCUCGGUGCGGUGGAAUGGCGGCUUUGCAGGGCCCGGGGAGUGCGGACUCUGGCUCUGCUUCCGACUCGACACUUUUGCUUUCUCAGAGUUUAGCGCACCACGGAUACUUGUUGUUCGUGGCUUAGUGCCGGAAGAGCGAGAUGUGGGCCACCAGUAGCAUGAUCAGUGAAAGCGGCUGCAGCGAGAGCUCUCGAGGGGUACGUCUCGAGUGCGAUCCCAAGCAGCGACGACUAACUAUUACGGGAGGAACGGACGACACGGAUAAUUCAGGCUGGAACGUUCAGCUGUCAGACCAGGAGAUCGUCUCGGAUCUAUUAGCGACGCUCCCCAAGCUCAAAGCAGCGGUCGAGGACCACGAGAACAGAGCCCCGAAUUGGCUACGUAAGUCCAAAAGCGGAGAUGCAGUGGAGAUCUUUGAGUUGCUGCCUACGCGAGAUGGCAAAGGCGACGACAUGGAUAUCGUGCAUUCCGUGGUGGCGACGAUCGAGAUCGAGUGUCAUUUGAACGAGGUGCUGAAUGUACUGACGAGUCACAAGACUAACCACGACUUGGAGGCCUCGAUGCGAGCAAUUAUCCCUAAGAAGAAGGUUCGACAGGGCGAGGUCUUGCUACAGCCGCAUGCUACGACGCUCGAUGGUGCACCGAUCAGACGACCAAGACUUACGCAGAAAUCGUCAAGAGGAGGAAAGACCGUUAGAUUCGACAACACUAGUAUUCCAGAGGAUGAAGAAGAGGAGGACACGGAGCGCAAAGUGCUGGUCAGUGUCAGCAUGACGCGUUUCAAGUCGAAGCGACGGAUCGACGUGCGAGGUCGACUGCGCAACCGCCAUCAACGUCUGCAAAAGCUUUGUCUUGCUACUCUGACGCAUCAGUUUGUGGGCAAACAAAGAGCUGUGCAUGUGAUCAAGACGCUGCCUCGAUCGGUGCACGACCAACUCGCUCCUAUUGAAGAAAAGCACCAAAGUCGAUCAGUUUUGGGCAGCGGUCUGCGCGGACUGGACCACAUUUCUGUGGGCUUCGACAUCCAGACUAGGAAUGUUCACUGCAUUGGAGCUCGAGGCGCAGCGCAGUCGACCCGGAUUAUCGCUCAUGGAUACGCCUCCGUGACGCCCCCGGACCAGUUCGGUCAGCAACAGCAAAGAACGAUGACGUCGUACAGUCCUUCGGAACUGGCAAACUACCGUUCUUCCCAUGUGAACGCUGAAGCCAAACACGUGAUUGAGUUAUUGACGACUUCUUUGAUGCAAUUCGAACGCGUGAUUCGGCGUCGACGACUUGGACUGCAGACGUUUAUCAAGAUCAAGUCUGGAGAUCGAGGGAGCGAUCGUCAGAGUUUUCAGACCUGUGAGGUCUGUAAUAACCGGUUCUCUCUGCUGCGACGUGAAUUCCAUUGCCAGUUAUGCGGCCAUGUGUGUUGUGGAGACUGUUCCAAGCUGUAUGAGGUGGAAGCUAAUGUUGGAGAAGUGACUAAGAAGCGGCUGUGUGUGCGUUGUAUCACGAACGUGGACUCGUGCAUCUUCGAGGACGAGGACUUUAUGGCGGCUCUUGGUCCAGCGGUGAUUGACGACUAUGACGACGACGAAGAGUUCGAUGAAGAAUACGAGAGCGAGUGUGAGUACGAUCGCCGGGACGAGAACGAUACAUACGCGAGUGUUGGUUCCACUGUGGCUUGCUCCGAGUUCGAUAGCAACGGCAGUCCUGACGAUGUUUCAUCCGAUCUUUAUCCCGAAAAUGUAUUGGAACGCUCAAGAGCUUUACAGACGCUGGAUCGGUUGGUGAACUCACAGAUCAAAGUACCGGGAAAGCAGACUUUAUUCGAGCGAUCUCGACUCACGCAGUCACAGCUUUACCAGUCCAACUUAAGUCAAAGCCAGCUCAGUCAGUCGCAGUCUCAGGUGAAUUUCAAGCACCCUCUGGCUCAGAGUCAGCUCAGUAUGUCCCAGUUCCAGCAGUCUCAAAGUCAAUUUAACCAGUCGCAAACCCAGUUCAGAGAUACAAGGGAUACUCAGCUCACGCAAAGCCAACUUAGCCAGUCCCAGACUCGAUUCAGAGAUACGAGAGAUACUCAGCUAACACAGAGCCAACUCAGCCACUCGCAACCUGGAUCCUCGAGGGACACCCAGCUCACUCAAAGCCAGCUCGGUCAGUCCCAGUCUCGAAUCAGGGACACUCAGCUUACCCAGAGUCAACUCAGUCAAUCGCAGACUCACUUCCAGGACACUCAGCUCACGCAAAGCCAGCUCAGUCAGUCCCAGACGCAGUUUAACGACACGCAACUCACGCAGAGUCAAUUGACCCAGCCAAGGUUCCAGUUCCAGGAGUCUCAGCUCACACAGAGUCAACUGAGUCAGAGCCAGUCCCAGUUCAAGCAGAGUAGGUUCAGACAGGCUCAAUUCGACGAGUCCAUCGUAGCACAGCUUCGAGUAGACGUCGAGGAUCAUCUGAAGCGAACGCUACGAGCCACUCUCCGAGACACGAGAAGGAAUCUUGCAGGUGGCGAUGAGUCUCAGUUUUCUAUCGCUCCUCUUGAACGCGACUACCAACUCGAGUUCGAUGGCAGUCAGACGAUGUCUCCGUCCCAUCCGUUGCCACCCAAGCCACUGCCAGCUCAAGAGCGACGACGACUGCAAUAUGUUAUCAGUUCCGGUGCAUUGAGCCCGACAUACGACCGCAGUGCACUCAAUAUGCUGGGCCAGGUAGCCGCUGCUCAUUUGAAUUGCCCUAUUGGAUACGUGACGAUGAUCGACCAGUCCACACAGUACGUUGUUGGUUUACAUCCUCGCGGUGCUAUCGGAAUGUCAAUUCCUCGUGAGGAAUCCAUGUGCUCGUACACAAUCUACCACGAACGUCCACUGGUAGUCAAGAACGCGCUGAAUGACAUUCGCUUCAGCCACAUGGGCUUCGUGAGCCAAACGGGGCUUCGGUUCUACGCUGGAUUCCCCAUCCGAGCACCCGAUAGUGCAGUGGUGGCUACCAUUUGUGCAGCCGACUAUAAGCCACACAAGUACAUCUCCGCCAAGCAGUACGCCGAAAUGGAGGCGUUAGCAGAAUUGGCAAGCACGCUCAUUAUCACUCCCGACAUCGAGAUCAAGACGGCCAAGCGUGAUGCACACGCAUUCCCACGUUUUUGAAGCUAGUUAGACAGGCAUCGUUGUUGAGGAGUGUGUGACGUAUCAAUAUCUCAAUAUCUAAAUAAGAUUUUUGUUUUGCAAUUAAUACAACUUAUUGUUUGCGAAAUGAA